GACCACCCGUGUCCUGAUGGCAUGCCGGAGUAUAGCUACCUGUGGUGCCCCUGAGUGCUUGAGCCAUCACUACCUGUUGAGUCCCUGUGAACCCAAUGUCCCUAGAAAGCUGGGUGGGAGCUGUGCUGAGGCCAGACUCCAUGGCUAGAGUCCCGUUGAGUCCCCGAGGCCCCUGCCCAGUGGUAGGUUGCCGCCUGUUGCCCGAGGCCCCUGCCCCAUGGUAGGUUGCCGCCUGUUGCCCGAGCCCCAAGCCUAGGGGGGAGACUGCCUGCCUGUCGCUGAAGACCCCCCCCC